UGGGUGUGAAUAAGCGGUGUUCUCUAGUUAGGGUAACGCCGAUACUUACUUUGCGAUGGCCUUUAAUAAUUCAUAACCACAGUGCGCAGCCAAUCGGGCCGCGUCUAUGUUAAUCCUCGCACUUUUAAAGCCGUUUGUAGCCUAAGUGCUAGCAUACUGUAUGAAACGUGUUUUGGUGGAGGGGAAGCUCGUAUAUUGGAAAUAGUCUAACGUGCGGAGAUUAAUACACUUUAGUUAGGACAGAGAAUCGCCAGCGAUUUAUUAUUUAAAGCAUUCAGUCAGAUCUGUAACAAACAUUUUCUUGCGUUUCAGUAGCUUGUUAAUUCUGAGAUUGUGACUUUUCGGCGAGAAUAAACGGCAUAAAUAAGCUCUACUGCGUUUUGGCUGGGUGUCACAUCGCCAUGUCCUCCGGUGAUGCGUCGGAGCAGGGUCGGCGAUUCUGUGUACUGUCCUGGGAGCAGGUGCAACGUUUGGACUCGAUCCUUGGGGAAACCGUCCCCAUACAUGGGCGCGGAAACUUCCCCACACUCUCAGUCCAACCGCGACAAAUCGUGCAGGUGGUCCGGGCACGCCUGGAGGAGAAGGGCAUGGUGGUCCGGGACGUGAAACUCAAUGGGUCAGCGGCCAGCCACGUUCUCCACCAGGACACAGGCCUUGGCUACAAAGAUCUGGACCUGAUCUUCGGCCUGAGGCUGGCUGACGACCGGGCCUUCCGUCUGGUGAAGGACGUGGUGCUGGACUGCCUGCUGGACUUCCUACCGGUUGGUGUCAACAAGGAGCGCCUCACGCCCCUGACUCUGAAGGAGGCCUACGUGCAGAAGCUGGUGAAGGUCUGCAACGACACGGACCGCUGGAGCCUCAUCUCGCUCUCCAACAACAUGGGCAAGAACGUGGAGCUCAAGUUCGUGGACUCGCUGCGGCGACAGUUCGAGUUCAGCGUGGACUCCUUCCAGAUCGCCUUGGAUUCGCUGCUGCUCUUCGACCGCUGUUCUGAGACGCCCAUGUCGGAGAGCUUCCACCCCACCGUGCUGGGCGAGAGCAUGUAUGGAGACUUCCAGGAGGCCCUGAGUCACCUGCACAACAGGACCAUCGCCACGCGUAGCCCCGAGGAGAUCCGGGGUGGUGGCCUGCUGAAAUACUGCCACCUGUUGGUGAGGGGCUUCCGCGCGGCCUCCGAGGCGGAGAUGAAGUCGCUGCAGCGCUACAUGUGCUCGCGCUUCUUCAUCGACUUCCCUGACAUCGGCGAGCAGCAGCGUAAGCUGGAGGCCUACCUGCAGAGCCACUUCGCAGGCAUGGAGCACAAGCGCUAUGAAUGCCUGGUGACGCUGCACCGCGUGGUCAACGAGAGCACGGUGUGCCUGAUGGGCCAUGAGCGGCGGCAGACGUUGGGCCUGAUCUCGGCGCUGGCACUGCGGGCACUGGCUGAGCAGAACGUUAUCCCCACUGUCACCAACGUCACCUGCUACUACCAGCCGGCGCCAUACGUGCGGGACGUCAACUUCAACAACUACUACGUGGCCCGCGUGCAACCGCUGGUGGCCUCAUGCAAUAACUCAUACCAGACCUGGCUGCCCUGCAACUGACCCGGCAAAGCCGAGCCAACAGACUGCUGGGAUAGGCGUCAUGUGACAUCGGGGUGGGGGGGGGCUCUCUUUGGUAAGCUCAGUGUUCAACAGCAGUGAUUUAUAUAUAUAAAGUUUAUAUUUUUCCCAUUUUGAAGCAAAAAGAUACUAAAAAAAAACAUGUAUUUGCUAAAUGUGACUUUUUCUGUGCUUAGUUGAACUUUACUGCUGUAUAUCUCCUUUGAACCACAAAAAAACUUUUUUUUUUUUUGGUCUUGGUUGUACAAUUGCAAGCCCUUUUUAUGUGUACGUAGAGGGGUGGAUGACAUGGGGGGGCAUUUUUGAAGUAGCUUUUUCUUUGUGUUUAUUGAAAUGAAUGUUGAAAGAGACUUAGAGAUUUGUAUGUUUAAGAGAGGGAAUGCGAGGGGAUUUUGAAGCUGUAUUCUUUUUAGAUUGUGGUUUCAAUGGAUCCUUUCCUCAUAUAUGGGAUUCUAAAAGGACCAAAGAUUUAUAUUGUUUUACAAAAAGGGAAAUUACUGUUGUGAUUCCAAGUGCCUAAAACAACCAACUUAAAAAAUAACCUCUUUAAAGUAAUAGUGUUGUAUAGAGAGUAUGAUCUUCUAUAUUACUGUAAGUCUCUAUUUUCAAAGACUGAGGUGUUCAUUUUCAACCGAUUUGAAAAAAAGAAAAAAAAAUUAAAACCCCAAACUUUGUGUAGUCUCA